AUGUCCGACCCGAACAACCCUAACAUCAAGCUGAGAACGACCCCCCAAUGGUCGCUUUACCGGCGUGAUGCAUUCUGGAAUUCCAACUUUGGCCAAUACCCACUCUUCAAUACUGAUCCAGCCGAAAUUGAGAAACUAGCGAAAGAAAAGCUGUCCCAGGGAGGGUGGUAUUAUUCUUCGUGCAAUGCAGGUGUUUCGUGGACCCAUUUGGCAAAUCGCCAGGCAUUUUUCCGCCAUCGCAUCGUGCCGCGAACCCUGGUUGAUACCAACAUCCGGGACACGGCCACCGAGAUCUUCGGCCACAAAGUCUCGGCACCUAUUGGUUUUGCUCCCAUUGGCAUCAACCGUAUCUAUCAUCCCACCGGUGAAAUCUCGGUUGCCAAAGUUGCAGAAGAACUGAAUCUGCCUUAUUGCCUUUCCUCUGCUGGCAGCUACAGCAUCGAGGAUGUCGGAAAAGCUAACGCAGACGGCCCGCGUUUCUUCCAGCUGUAUCAAAGUCAUGAUGACGAACAGGCAAUUUCCAUGAUGCAGCGCGCCUGGGACUCCGGCUUUGAUGCGUGUAUGCUUACUACCGAUACCUGGUCCCUUGGCUGGCGCCACAACGACGUCUUUACUGGUAACUAUGCUUUCUACCAUGAUCAUGGAGCGGGCGAUAUUGGUCUGCAAGACCCUGUCUUCCAGAGACGCCUAAAGGAAGCUGGUAUUGAUCCCAAGACCCACCCCAAAGAGGCGGGUGCGAAGUGGAUCGAUGAGAACAUUUGGCACGGCCGUGCUCAUACCUGGGAAAAGGUCCAGUGGACAAUGGCCCAGUGGAAGAGAAUCAGUGGUGGUCGACCAUUCUGCCUGAAGGGUAUUCAGAGCGUCGAAUCUGCCAAGAAAUGCGUUGAAAUGGGAAUUGAUGGCAUUGUUGUGACAAACCAUGCCGGUCGCCAGGUUGAUGGCGCCAUCGCCAGCCUUGACGCCCUGGAGAAGAUAGUCGACGCCGUUGGAGACAAGAUCUAUAUCAUGUUUGAUUCCGGCGUGCGCAGUGCUGCCGAUGCAUUCAAGGCGCUUGCGCUUGGAGCCAAAUUCGUUUUCUUAGGUCGCCUUUGGGUAUGGGCACUGAGCAUUGCUGGUGAGCCUGGUGUGCGCCACGUGAUGAAGAGCUUCCUCGCAGAAUUUGAUAUUCUGAUGGAAGAAGCUGGCUUCCAAUCGAUCGACCAGAUCGAUCGUUCGGCUAUCGACAGUCUCCCAAACUCUUCCAAUCUGAUCGCUGAUCCUAGCCGUAUUUAG